AUGGCCGUUGCUCUCAGCAUGACCUUCUUGCCGGCACUCCCACAGCUCGAGGGGAAUGCAGGACAGUCAGUGUGUAUUGGAAAAGUGUCCAGGCCUUUGUGUGUCAUGCUGGAGCAGUAUAAAAGCGUGCCCUUCUCCUCCCUCUCUCAUCCACUCCUCUCGCCUCCAUCUCCUUGGAACAAGGUGCACCUGCGGCCCCGAGACAUGUCCUGCUACAGCCAGUGCCUGCCAUGCCAGCCCUGCGGCCCGACCCCGCUGGCCAACAGCUGCAAUGAGCCCUGUGUCAGGCAGUGCCAGGACUCCACCGUCGUCAUCCAGCCCUCCCCCGUGGUGGUGACCCUGCCCGGCCCCAUCCUCAGCUCCUUCCCGCAGAGCACCGCCGUGGGAUCCUCCACCUCCGCUGCCGUUGGCAGCAUCCUCAGCUCUGAGGGAGUGCCCAUCUCCUCCGGGGGCUUUGGCCUCUCCGGCUUGGGCGGCCGCCUCUGCGGCAGGAGGUGUCUCCCCUGCUAA